CCACGCCGUGGAACGGGCCCUUAGCAACCGACCUGGCGACCAUCUCCUGGCCGCUGCAGCCCCCAGCCGGCUCCUCUUUUCACAUCUUCCGCUCCCGGCGAGGGUGGGGCUGACUGGGAGUCCAGGGCUGGGCCCGGCCUCGGGAAGGAGUGAAGGGGCUCCAGCUGUCCACCCGGCGGCUGCAAGAGGAUCUAAGAACAUGGAUGGCAGCCGGAGAGUCCUUCCCAGAUAUGAUCCACCAUGUCUAUUUAAGGGACACCUGAGCACCAAAAGUAAUGCUUUUUGCACUGACUCCUCCUCUCUCAGACUAAGCACUCUCCACCUGGUCAAGACUCACAUGGCUGCCCACUAUAAUAAAAUCCUUUCCGCCAAAGCUGCGGUAGACUGCUCAGUUCCAGUAAGCAUGAGUACCAGUAUCAAAUAUGCAGACCAACAACGAAGAGAGAAACUCAAAAGGGAACUAGCACGAUGUGAAAAGGAGUUGAGAUUAGCUAAAACUGCAAAGCAGGCCAAUUCUAAAAAUAAUUCCAAGUCAUUAUUAUUAAACACCCUCCAAAAGCCUUCAGGGGAACCACAAGACGAGGCUGAUGUGUUAAUAGAAGAGAUAAGCGAAUUUUCAUCCUUUGCAAGGUCACCAAUACCUUCUUUAGAGAGACUACACUUUGGUCCACGUAAAUCCGAUAAAGUCCUCAUGAACAGUACUGAGAAGAACUCCAGUCCCUCCCUCUCCAGUACGGAUUACACAGCUUCCCGGCCUAGAAAACUGAGGUCUGCAACCCCGUGUGGCAGAGGGCCCAGGAGCACAUGCCAUAAUCCCCACCGGUUUCAGUUAGUUAUUUCCAAAGCACCCACUGGGGAUCUUUUGGAUAAACAUUCCAAACUAUUUUCUAACAAGGAAUUGCCAUUCACUCCACGCACUUUAAAAACAGAAGCGAAAUCUUUCCUGUCACAGUAUCGAUAUUAUACACCUGCCAGAAGAAAAAGGGAUCAGCGGACAGAAGCUGAAACCCAGACUGAAGUAAGCAGCUUUAACUCUGAUUUUGAGAGAGCUGAAACUGAGAAUUUGACAGAUUCAGAAGUGAACAUAAAGCAGGCACCUAGUUGUUUAACACAUGGUACCAAAGAAAAAACAGCACCUUUACCUUCACAAAAGUAUGGCUUAACAUGGGGUGAGAUUAAAGAGGGCGUUCUUCAGCAUUCCGCACCCAGGACAAUAUCCAAGUAUUCCCUACAACCUUCUUCAGGGAGAAAAAUUCACUCUGAUGAAGAAGAACUGUUGUAUCUGAGUUUCAUUGAAGAUAUAACAGAUGAAAUUUUGAAACUUGGUUUCUUCUCAAAUAGGUUUUUGGAACGACUGUUUGAGAGACAUGUAAAGGAAAACAAACAUCAUUUGGAGGAGAGAAAAAUGCGCCACCUGCUACAUGUCCUAAAGGUGAACUUGGGCUGUAUAUCCGAGCAAAACUCAGAAAAGCUAAAUGAUGCCGAUAUGUUGACUUUACUUGAUUUUGGAAAGCCUGAGAAUUCAGAACAAAAUGAAUUUAAAAAAGAACAUGAAAUAACAAUUCAACAGGAACAUCAAGAAUACCAAACAGCUUUGGAUAUGUUAUUGUCUGCACAGAAAGAUGAGAACGAGAUAUUCUCUCCACCAAGUGAUUUUUUCCUGCCCAUCUUUAAAACAAAAAAGAAUUCAGGAGGAGUUUUAAUUCAACAGGUGAACGAUGAAGCAAACCUUGAACCUUCAACAUGGGAUGAAAAAAACCCAAGUGUUUCAGACAGCUUAAUAGAUCAGGAAAUCUCUGUGGAUGUCAUCGAACUUGAUAGUGACACUGAAAAGGUUGAGACUUCAGAUGAAUUAGCUUGUCUUAGCCCACCAUUUUCCCAGUCCGUCCAGUUCUCCAGGGUCACAGGUGAUAAUAAUCAUGACGUGGAAGGGCCAACUCUUAAAAUCAUGGAAAUGAGCAUUGACGACUGUCCUUUGAAUGUUUGAUCUUCAUCAAUAAAUACCUCAAAUGGCCAGGAACUCAAUAUUCCUUUUCUUCACUUUUUUUUCUUCAAGAUAUUAACAGUUCUAUUUUAGUUUUCUGUGCUGCAUAAUAAAUUACCACAAAUGUGGCAGCUUAAAACAAUGCACAUUAUUUAUCCCACGGUUUCUGUGGGUCAGAACUCUAAGCACAGGCUGGUUGGGUUCCUCCCUUUUUUAAAACAGCUUUUGAAGAGUUUCCGCUUGCUAACAAGAUGAAGCCCAUACCACUUCUCAUUUCUUACAACGCUCAUCUCUUGCUCUCUUCUCCAGGGGCGGAUUGCCCAGAAAGCAUGGUAAGCACGGAUUUACUUGCACUUACUAAUCUGUAGUGAACGAUUAGUAAUUAAGCACAAGCAAGCUCGUGCUUACCUUGCUUACUGGGUAAUCUGCCUAUCAGGGAUUGUAAAUUAG